GGGCGGCGGCGGCGGCGCGGAGCAGGUGAGGCCGGGGCCGGGGCCGGGGCCGGUGCGGGACCCCCGGGCACCUUCGCAGGUCUCCAGCAAGAUCUCGCUGCUGAGGACAGCUCACCCUGCUGAGGGCAGGGCCCGCUGCCCCCAGGAUGGCAAGGUGGCUGCCCCGCUCCGCCGACCUGACCCGCUUCUGCCAGAAGCUCAACCGGGUGAAAACUCUGGAGGAUGACAUGAUGGAGACGUCCUUUAACAGAUGCCUGUCCACCCUCGAUUUGACGCUGCUGGGCAUCGGGGGCAUGGUGGGCUCCGGGCUCUACGUCCUCACGGGCACCGUGGCCAAGGAGAUCGCUGGCCCCGCCGUCAUCGUCUCUUUCAUCAUCGCUGGCUUUGCCUCGCUGCUGGCUGCUCUCUGCUACGCUGAGUUUGGAGCGCGCGUGCCCAAGACGGGCUCUGCCUACAUGUUCACCUACGUGUCCGUGGGUGAGAUCUGGGCUUUCCUCAUCGGCUGGAACGUGCUGCUGGAGUACAUGAUCGGGGGGGCCGCGGUGGCCCGGGCCUGGAGCGGCUACCUGGACUCCAUCUUCAACCACAAGAUCAAGAACUUCACCGAGACCCAUUUGGGUACCUGGCAGGUGCCGUUCCUGGCCCACUACCCAGACUUCCUGGCAGCUGCCAUCCUGCUGGUAGCCACCGCCUUCAUCUCCUUUGGGGCCAGAGUGUCCUCCUGGCUCAACCACGUCUUUUCAGCCAUCAGCAUGGGCGUCAUCCUCUUCAUCCUCAUUAUGGGCUUCGUCCUCGCUCAGCCCAAGAACUGGAGCAGCCAGGAGGGCGGCUUUGCCCCGUAUGGGCUGUCGGGCAUCAUGGCUGGCACAGCUACCUGCUUCUACGCCUUCGUGGGCUUUGACGUCAUCGCGGCCUCCAGCGAAGAGGCCAGGAACCCGCAGAGGGCUGUCCCCAGGGCCAUCGCCUUCUCCCUGGGGCUGGCCACCGGCGCCUACAUCCUGGUGUCGGUCGUGCUGACGCUGAUGGUGCCCUGGCACACGCUGGACCCUGACUCUGCCCUGGCCGACGCGUUCUACAGGAGGGGCUACGCCUGGGCAGGGUUCCUGGUGGCUGCUGGCUCCAUCUGCGCAAUGAACACGGUCCUGUUGAGCAACCUCUUCUCCCUGCCACGCAUCGUCUAUGCCAUGGCCGAGGAUGGGCUCUUCUUCCAGGUCUUCUCCAGGGUGCACCCCCGCACGCAGGUGCCCGUCGUCGGCAUCGUGGUGUUUGGGCUGCUCAUGGCUCUGCUGGCCCUGGUCUUUGACCUGGAGGCCCUGGUGCAGUUCCUGUCCAUCGGCACGCUGCUGGCGUACACCUUCGUGGCCGCCAGCGUCAUCGUGCUGCGCUUCCAGCAGCAGAAGGGAGCUGUGCCCACGGCCGGCAGCCGGCCCGGCGCGGAGCCCCGCGAGCCCGCGGGCGAGCUCAAGGAGUACGAGUCCUUCUCCGACAAGCUGCAGCUGGUGGACAGGGACAAGGGCAAAGAGCAGCGGGAGCCAGGGCAGCUGAAGGCAGCGUUUGAGCCCUACCUGGAGUUCCUCAGCGACUUCUACCCCGGUGAGGUGGUCACGGUGGCCGUGGUGACCCUGAUGGUGUCUGCCGUCUGCCUCUGCUCCAUCCUGGUGUUUGGCAACACCCACCUCCACCUGCCCACCUGGAGCUACUCCCUGCUGCUGGUCCUCUUCAGUCUGGGCUUCCUGCUCAGCCUCCUCCUCAUCUGGGCGCACGAGCAGCAGCACAGCACCCAAACCUUCCAGAUCCCCCUGGUACCCCUGUCCCCCGCCCUGAGCAUCGUCCUCAAUGUCUACCUGAUGCUGAAGCUCAGUUACAUGACGUGGCUGCGCUUCGCCAUCUGGCUCCUCUUGGGCCUGCUGGUGUACUUUGGCUACGGCAUUUGGCACAGCAAGGAGAACCUGCGGGAGCCGCGUCCCCAGCGCGUCAGCGCCCGCUACGUGGUGUUCCCGGGGGGCAGCCUGGAGGAGAGGGUGCAGGCAGUGCAGCCCAGCUCCCAGCCUGCCAGCGGGCUGCCAGACCCUGGCACCGACGACUGCAGCAGGUGACGCGUCCGGCAGCGGGGACACCUGGAGCUGGGAGCGUCGGCAUCUCCAGGGAGGCCAGAGACCCCCCCCCCGGUGCUGCUGGCAGCAGGGCCAUGGGGCUGCUCUGAGCGUGGGGCUGCACCUAGAGAGGAUGAGGAUGCUCACCCUUCCCUCCCUGCAUGCUUCUGCCAGAGUGGAGGGGCCUGCAGCCUCCCUCCCCGUGCCCUGCUCUCAGGAGCUGGGUCCCAGCCCAGUGCUUGCCCUGCUCACCAGGAGCCCUGUCCUUGUCACCUCUCCCUGAGCACACCCUGGCGCUGUGCAGCACAUCUCCUGUUUGCCAGCACAUCUGUGCAGCUGGGAAUGCAGAGCUUCCCCAGGGGCCAGUCCUGCCCAUCCUGCCUCUCACCUGAGUGCAGCCCCUGCCUCCUGCAGAGUCCCACUGGGGCCAGUCAUGCAUCCAUGCAUCCCCACAGGCACCCCUGCCACCCUGUCCCCAGGGCUGCUCUCCUCAAAGGCUGGCACUGAGGGCGCUGGGGGUAGCUGGAGACAUGGCAUGGAGAAGGGACAUGGCCAGAGUGGGUGUUUGGGCAGGCAGCCCAAGAAAGGCAGUGGAGGCUGGCACAGCAAAGCCCAGCUGCAUCUUCCCAGCCUCUGGAACUGGCUGGCUGAGGGGUGGUCUGGGGGAUCUGCUAUGGCCAGCCCUGAGCAGGGUGGGGGGCUCAGGACCCCAGGGACAUUGCCUUGUCCCUGGAGGUCCCCAGCAGCAUCCCUGGGCUGGCCUGCUGGAGCUGGCUCCCCACUGCUCCUGCACCCCAGCACCACCUGCCCCACUGUGGGGACUUAGCCCCCACAUGAUGCCUCUUCCAGGCUCUUUGGACAGGCUCAGCAGGGGCUUUUUAGUGUUGCCUCCUCCCAGUCAUCCCCAUGCUCUGGGGUCACCCUCUCCAGCUCACACCCAGUGCAGGGUGUCAUGAGGGGGUCCCAGCAGCAUUGCUGCUGCCACCCUGGCUGUUCUGCCCAUGGGCAGCCUGAAGUGGAAGGGAAGAGAGUCUCAGCAGGUUUUGGAAGUCAGUCAAGCACAAGGUUGCCAACUUGACAGGCCUUGCAGCAUAGACACCCCUCAUCCUCAUCCUCAUCCUCAUCCUCUGCAAGCUGCAAGGAGCUGGGGACUGUGGGCAAGCUGUUGCAUCCCUUCUUGCUGGCCAGUCCCUGGGGGCCCCAGAGAGGCUGUGAGGACCCUCAGUAGGACAGGCUGGCUCUGGUGAAUCCCCCUGGCUGCAGCACUGCCCAGUGUCCCACCUGGUCCCUGCCCCGCUUGGCACCUCUGUCGUGGCUUGUGAGCAAUGGGCUGAUUUGGUCACCUCAUAAACACUCCUGCUGCCAUGGCUCUGGCUGCUUGUCAUCUCUGUGUCCCCAGGACUCCAGGUGGGAAGCUGCUCCCCAGUCAAUGCCCAGGGAAGCACUCCCAGCUUGUGGGGAAGGGAGGGUGAUGCUACCCACUGCCUGCUGCUGCCACUGGGGCUCCUGUCACGAGGACAAGCUCAGCCAGACCCACAGAAACCAGAACCCCACAGUGCUGGGGAAGGCUGGAUUUGAGCCUUACAGUGCACAAAUACCCUGACACUGAACCCCACUGUGAGCAGCCAGGACAGUGCUGAGCCAGCACCUGGGCAGGGUCUAAAACUGCCCAAGGUUAUGAUUCAAAUGAUGUGAGACCUUGUGCAAUCAAUGGGACUUUAAUUAUAACCCACAGUUAUCCCCAUCCCCACACUGCUGUUCUCUAGGGAAAUGUCUGUCCUGAGAUGAGAGAGUCCUUCAUUAAAAAGCAAGUGUUCAACAGGCACCCAGGGAAGCACAGGCUGAACCCUCCUUAGUGACUCAGCUUUAAUCUCAGUGAUAAAUCCAUUGUCAGCAAGACAAAGGUGAGUAAAAGAUCCACAGGGACACAGGAGGAGAAGGGAGCUCAGCACAGGCUGGGGCAGGGCAGGAAAGUCCUCACAGAGUGAUGGGCUGAGGGUGACUUUUAUGUUCCCCUGUAGAGGAAAGGCAAUGGCAGUCACAUCUCUCAGCUCUCCUAGCAGGGCUCUCAUCAGCCUUUUAAGCUGCAAAAGACCAAAGGGUUAUUGAAUGAGCCUGGUAACCAUUGAUAUUUACUCUAUUUAAAAACAUUCAUUUCUAAAAAUUCACAGAAAUCCCUGUUGGGCUGUGGCACACAAAGCACAGGGUCCUCCCCAGCGGAGCAGGGGCUGCUGGGGAUGCAGCCAGCAAGGUAUUAAAGGAUUGGAGUGUAAUUCUCCAGCACCUGGGAGGCCACUGGGGCCUCUCAAGCACACUUGUGGGUUUUUUUUAAACAGGAUUACAAAAUUGGUCGGUUCAUCUGUCAUACACUAUCCUACAGUGGUAACACACUCUGCACAGAACAUGUAUUAAUUGAUUUUUAAUUGACUACUCAUUAAUGCACACAGAAAAAAAGGAGGAUGUCAGCAGCCACUGGCACUGAGACAGCCCUUCUACAGGAAUUUGUUCCUGAAAAUUGUAAUAGCAGAGAGAAAAAAAAUCCAAACUAAACAGCAUCAGCAGGGUUUUAAGGUGGCAGCCUGUAAUUGUAAGAGAAAACACUGGCUGCCCCACCCAUACCCUUGAUUGCAAAGAGAUGAAAUGUAAAGUGAAACCAUUCCCGUGUGCAGCUCCCAGAACUGUUUCAUGGCACUUCAGGAGCAGCUGCUUGCUGCUUCCCUGAGACUGACCAGGCACCUGUUUUCCAGAGCAGUAUCCUCCUCCAAAUUAGUUUAAAAUGAUACAAAAGUCCCCUGUUUCCUGGGAGCUGUGGCAGUGGUGUGUUCAGGUUGCAGGAAUUCAAUCUGCUUGCAGAGCUGCAGGGAGGUAAGUGGGUCAGUGCUGGAGAGGCAGUGCUGGGCUCUGGGAAUGCAAAGGGCUGGAUGAGCCCUGGGGCAGGAGCAGCUCUGGCACACGUGCUGCAGGCUGGGCUAAGAGGGUUAAUGUGAAUCCUGGGUGAUAAUCCCCAGCCAGGGCUGGCUGAGCCUCUCCAGUGAUGCUGCUGGGCUGGGAGCACUGGGAGCAUAGCUGCCAGGGCAGUGCUGGUUUGUUGUGCCCUGGGAGGACAGUUCUCAUAAGGCAGGUGCAGCAGGACAAAGGAAAAUGCAAACCCAGAGGGGAACAACGUGGGAUUUGUACUGGAGAGAAUCAGUGUUGGGGCUGCCACCUACCCCCUUUAAAUAGCAGUGAGCUACCUGUGGUCCUUUUCAGCCUCAGAGGUUUUUAUUUUGGUGAGUAAAAUUUUUGUACAAUAAAAAACAAUAUAUAGACUAGAAAAAAUAUCUGUAUUGAUUUAUCAAUCAGAAAUUAAAUUAAAUCAUUCAAAAUAUUCAUUAGAGUAAUUUUGACUCUAAAAUGGGGAAAAUUAGAAACAGAGAAAUGAAAACAUCUGUGAUAUGUCCAUAGACACUGGAUUAUUUUUCUCUCUUAAUUCCAAGGUCUGUGUGACCCCACGUCACAGACGACUCUUGGGCAGGCACAGGCACAAGGCCAACAGCACAUCAGCUUUAUGUGAGCUCCCACAGUUUAAGAACAGGAGUGAAAACAAUUCCCUGCUCGAAGCCUCUGGCCAAGGCAGCUGCCCUUGGAUGUAGAAAUGGCUCCAGCUAAUUCUGAGUUUAAUCCAAUGUUUACUGCUAUAGCCAUUCCAAAAAUCUCCCCUAAGAAAAAAUAUGUGAAACCAAACAGUUUAAGAGUUGCAAGGAAUCCUGGCUUAGUUCAUGUACUUCUCUGCAGCUGUCUGUAUUACCUCUGGAUGAUUAAAACUACAUCUUUUACUACCUCAUUUACCACAAGCUCAAAGAGAAGCUCAGACA